UUCAAAUUAAUCCUCACCCUCUUCCAAAUCUUCAACUUUUAUCCGACUUCACCCUUUCUCGCUCCCCAAAACAUCUCGCAAAAAUCCCAUGGCGUCGACGGCAGCCUCCGCUCUCUUCGCCCUCGCCGCCUCCGCUUCCGCCUCUCAAACUAAUCCCAGAAACAUUAUCAGAUUACCCUUUUCUGCUUCUCAUUUGGAUCGCCGCCAGCACCGCGGCAUGUUUGGUGGAUCCAAAGGUUUAUCUCUAAGGCUUAAUGAGCAAACCCCUCGUUGUACUGCAGAAAGGUAUGAUGCAGUCAUUGAAGCAAAAAGAGGGAAUCCACCUGUAAUGCCAGCAGUGAUGACUCCUGCAGGACCGUUAGAUCUUUCAUCCAUAUUAUUCCGCAAUCGUAUUAUCUUCAUUGGGCAACCUAUCAAUUCCCAAGUUGCCCAGCGUGUUAUAUCACAGCUCGUGACACUUGCUACUAUAGAUGAGGAUGCAGAUAUUCUGAUGUACCUGAACUGCCCUGGUGGAAGCACUUAUUCUGUCUUAGCAAUUUAUGACUGUAUGUCAUGGAUAAAGCCAAAAGUAGGAACAGUAUGCUUCGGCGUCGCUGCAAGCCAAGGAGCACUUCUUCUAGCCGGAGGUGAGAAGGGCAUGCGUUAUGCGAUGCCAAAUGCUCGAGUUAUGAUACAUCAACCACAGAGCGGGUGUGGGGGGCAUGUGGAGGAUGUUCGGAGACAGGUCAAUGAAGCUGUUCAAACUCGUCAUAAAGUAGACAAGAUGUAUGCAGCUUUUACAGGCCAACCUUUGGAGAAAGUGCAACAAUACACUGAAAGAGAUCGCUUUCUCGCAGCCUCGGAGGCCUUGGAUUUUGGACUCAUUGAUGGACUACUAGAGACGGAGUACUAGUUGUAAUGACUAGUUCUUCAUGACACAAUCAUACAAGGUGCAUCAAGGGUGUAUGCUACGGCUAUUUAGAUUUUGGGUUUCUCAAAAUAUGGAUUCUCAAGAUCAGCUUAAAAAUGAAACUCUUUCUCAACCUUCUGCUCUACCGUUGACAAGGUGCCGCGGCUGUGGGUUUUUUUUGGGGGGUGGGGGUGCAAACGAAGUGACAAUAAUUGUGGUUUGUCAUUGAAUUCUUACAGAAAUAGAUUAUCUUGCUGUAUGAAAAUUCCCCAAUUUGGCAUGGCAGACAGUACUCUGGUGUCCAGCGUUGUAUUAUUGAACAUGUAUGUCAAUUGCAAUGAUAUAGCUCAUUAUUUUCUUCUUCCAAAAA